AUGUCAUCUGAUUCAGAUUCACCUUCGUUACUUGAGAUGGAUUAUGGCCCCUAUCUACUUCGCAUAUUAACCCCGAUCUCAGUGAUUGUAACUUUUGCCGUUGGUCUUCGUAUUGUUAUGAGGAUACGCCGUACUUCUGGUAUCGGAAUUGAUGACUGGCUGAGUAUAGUUUCUCUUGUAUUUUCUUGGGCACAGUACGCUCUUAUCGUUCUACUCGUCAAGCUUGGUGGAAUGGGACCACCAAUUAACUGGAAUACACCUGAAGGAAUCAGUAUAGACCUCAAGGCGAUCUUUGCCAGCCGAUGGAUCUAUGCGACAACUAUCCUGACUACCAAACUUAGCAUCCUAAUGAUGUAUAGGCGUAUCUUCCCAGUACGAUUGAUGAAGAUAGGGUGUCUUAUCUUGGGCUCUAUUACUAUAGUGUGGUGGGCCGUUUACGUCCUCGUCGCGACUUUUCAAUGCACUCCUGUUAAGAAGCUAUUCGACCCUGACAUGAACGGCUACUGUAUUCCUAUCUCUGACUUCCUGUUAGGAAUUGUGAUUUCUAAUAUCGUCACCGAUAUCGCCAUCCUAUGCUUGCCCAUCUACGAGAUCAUGAGCUUACAUCUCACGCGUAGUCAGCGUGUCAUAUUGUCCGUUAUUUUUUUACUUGGAACAAGCACAAUUGCUGCAAGUGGGAUCCGGUUACGAUACCAAAUCCAGCUGACUUAUGGCACAUAUGCAGAUUUUACUUUGAUAAGGGUUUACUUUUUCUUAUGGACCGUCCUGGAACCCGACCUAGCGAUUAUUUGCGGUUGCCUUCCUGUGCUUGGACCGCUGUUCAAUGGUCUACUUAGAAUGCGUCCUUUCACAGGGAUUCGCAAACCCUUAGGUCGUGAUUACGGUAAUGUCGAGAGGGAUAAUACUCUAGUUGCAAUGCGUGCACUUCGGAGCAUAGGCGGCACGUCAAUGCAUAGGGGCAAAAUAGGAAAGGGCAAUAAAAGCCAGGACUUUAGAAUAUCGCACGGUUCUAUAAGACCAUUUAGGAAUCUCGAAGACGAUUCAGAUAGUAUUGAGAUUGAGAUGGCUGACGAGACGCCGCCGGGCGAUCAUGGCAGUCCUGUCGGCAAACUCAAUAAUGCUAUUUCUGAUUUCGCCUCUUCUUAUGUCAAGAAGGAAUUACAGCAAUUGACCCGCGAGCGAGAUGAUGAGUUGGCUCGGAGCCACGUGCCAAAGCUUAGAGCUCUCCUCAGAGAGGUUGAUAAGGAGCGUCAGGCGUAUGAACAAGACAAGGAAAAGUUAAUCCUAGGUCUGCGCAAGAAGUUACAAUUACUCGAAGUCGACCCUGAUACUAUCGAGAGUACCGUCUCGGAACUUAUCCCAGUCAUUCCAAAAUAUCUGAGCGUUAUUCCCAGUGCUUCGACCCUGACUAUUCGACCCCCAACACCUUUUAUGUCACCCGUUCGCGAUAAUUAUUUUAGCACUGUUCUUGGCGCAGAUGUCUUAUCAAGCAUACCUCCAUUAGCGUCGCAAGUUCACGACCAAGGAACUUCUAAUUCGAUCAAAGAUCACUCUUCAAGUCCUACUAAUAUUAACGUAUCGCCAAACAUAGGCUCGAAUUUCGACCACCAAAUACAGAGUCAAAUUCUAUCCGAAAACCCCAUGACUAACAAAGCUUCUAAGCGGGUUAGCACAGAUGGUGAUAGCGCCGCAAGUGGGAAGCGACGGAGAGUAGAUGGCGGAAAGCUAAUAUAUGACCAGAGUCUGAGUAGAUCUCAAUCGGAUAUAUUCCGCAAGAUCGCAUUCCCGAACCUAGAGACAGGGGAGCGUAUAUUUCGUCAUGCAGAACGUCAAGGUUUCUUCGUCAUACGAUGUAACAGGUCCAACUGUCAAACGGGCUUCUUCACGGAUCCGCCUCUAGCAUAUAAUAGAGCUUUGAAGCAUUUCCAAAGUCACGGCGAAACGGGACAAGACGGCGAAGAACUCUCUAACGAGUACAUUUUCGAAAACUUUGCAUGCGAAAUUGAAGGUUCCAGUCUGGUUAGCAAGUAUUGGAUUAAGGAACAUCUUGGCCCAUCACCGCACACCUUCAUUCCCGGAAGGUCGAGAUCUAAGAAUAUCCAAGCAGCGGAUACUCUUAAUGUACGAAAGAGCAAAGAGGACGACAAGAACUACACUCCGUCUAGCAAACCCCGGAAUCCUACAGUGGUUAACGAAAUCAAUGAGUCGGACGAGGAGGAAUUAGAGGCUGAGAAACCACGCCGCACGCCCAGGAGCGUACCCCGCCCAGAUUAUGCGGAGUUGGUAGCGAACAAGGAUCCUUGGAAUCUGUCAGAUGGUGACAGCGAUGUGCGUUAG